AUGUCUGCCAAACUUACUCAGAAUUUGGGUGACUUUCGAGUAUCUGAUGCCCACGAACUCGUACCACCACCAAUGAAUGCGAAUACCAACCCAUUCCAAACCAACAACCCAUACUCGUCGCCAAGCCCAGUAUCCGGAGCACUUGGUAAUACUCAGUAUCCAGAGUAUGAUCCUCCACCAUACGAACCAGCUAUUUUAGCUGGCCCUUCCGCAAUCCACUGCGAGCGUGAACGACCUGCUCGAGAUAUCCAUAGCGCUCCACCCCUUGCUGGCCCAUCCAGUGGCCCAUUUGAGGAUCGGAAGCAGCCAACUACUCCACCUAGCGGGACGCCUGACUUCAUGAGCAAAGCAGUAGGCAAACUCAACCCGCGUGACCCGUUCGACCCGCCUCCCAGCUGUUUCAGUCGUCCUGCCCCGGCUCCUUCACCAGAGACUACAUACCAGGCUCUUGCUCAACCGCUUGUCAUCCACUCGAAACCGGGCAAGACCUUCCUCGACGACGCGUUUAUCACAACUGGUACACCCGCACUGCACAAGCAUGAUGUCUGGACCGAAGACUGGGUCAGGCUGCUCGAAGACAUACAUAUUGUCGCCCGUCUGACGACCGGUCAAAAGGUUGCUGCUGGUGCACUACCCAUAACGAUGCAUGUAGGGUUCGCCGGGUUCUUCAUCAGUCGCGCAAUUGAGAAGGGGAUGAAGAAGAAGAACGCAGAGGGUGUCAUACAGUUGUUGCAGAUUUGGAACGAAAGCUUUUUCAAGCCGAGACACCUGGAAAUUAUGCUAUUUCGCGGCGAUCGUUGCAUAUCUGCCGAUAGAUCUCAGCCUACCCCUGACCAUCCGUAUACCCGUCCUCGAGCGACAUCUCGAGCGAGUUCUAGUUCUAGCUCUUCCUCAUCAUCCGACAGCGAGCGCGAGUCGAGAAGACAUUCAAAACUAGAUCGCAGGCAAAUGAAACGCGAAAGGAGGGCCGAGAGGCGAGAGCAGAAACGAGCGCGUCGAGAUGAACGGAGGGAACACAGAGCCGAGAGAAGGGAGGAGAGGAGAAGCAAAGAGCCAUAUCGGCUAGUCGUUACCUCUAUACAACAUUAA